CUUAUAUUUGUGAAAGAUAAAUUCUCAAAUUGUUAUCUAGGCUCAAGGCCUCAUGCCUCUGAGACUGUGUUAAAUAUUCCUUCAUUAAAUGUGACUGUGAUUUAUUUGGAACAGCUACAGGAAACCACCUUGAGGAAAAGGCCGAGCGGCCUGUUUCCUCAACGUCCAUCCAUCUGAGGCGUUUUUGUGGCUUAAACAUGCCCUGAUUGGUGUUUAUUCCUUCUUUGUGAUGGCUGUUGGCAGGUUACAUAAUCGCACCUUUAAUUUCCGUAAUCAAAAUAAAUAUUUGAUUCACGACACUGAAAAGUUUACUGAAUGGCCAUGAAGGAGUUGUCCUGGAGUUUUGAAGGUUGGAUGGGAAAAGUGUGAUUAGGCCGCCCAAGGCCGGACUCCAUCAGUUCCUGUCUUUUGCCUCAGGGCUAGGCAGGAAGGAAGGGGGCGUGGGCAUGUUUUUUAGGGUUAGAAAUGGACAUCAUCACUCAGCUUUCCCAAGAAGCAGCUGAGGGUUGAGGCAGGUGAACGCUCAUCCAAGGUGUGUCAACAAGGGUUUCUGCAUGUUUACAGCCACGACAUGACUUUAAGGAGUCGCUUCUUCUUCUUGUCGGUCCCACAGAAAUAGGCCUUGAACCCCAGUGCAACUAUUUAACCUCUGUUACUAACUACUGCGAGUAAACGCUCAUGUACGGCCUCCAACCAGUCGGCUCGGUGCUCUCUAUCUAGAGGAUGUGAUGACAUCAUGUGGAAACAGGACAUCCCGAUGACCGAGGCACCUUGCUUUUCCACUGCUCCCUUUCAGCCUUUCUGUUAGACUGCGUACUUGCUCUAUGAGUGUGCGCUCUGAGGGUUCGGUGACAGCUUGCUUCCCAUUGUCCUAUCAUUCCUGCCCCACUCACACUCUGCAUCCUGUGGAGUUUCCUGCUGGUGAGGGAGAGCGUCAGGGAGAAACAGAGAAGUGAGACAGAAAAGUGGCGAUGGUGAUUGACAGAUGAUCUGACAGAGGAAGACAUCAGACGCCGUCUCCGUGCUGGUUAUUAUGGGGUGUGCCUGUUGCAAGCAGAAGAAGUCUGCCAAAGCAGUAGCAGCAACAUCAGCAGCAGUAGACGUUACAGAUCUGUCUCCUAGCAACGCAGAUGGAGGGUUGUCCACAGGCUUGACUGCGGGCCGUUACUGUCCUGACCCCACUCAGACCAUCCCAGACUUCAACGUUGGCUUCCCCGCCAGCACCAUCUUCCCCAACCCCGGCACACACCAGCGGUCUGGAGGUGGUGGAGUCACUUUCUUUAUAGCUUUGUAUGACUAUGACGCUCGUACUGAAGAUGACCUCACUUUCCAGAAAGGAGAGAAGUUCCAAAUCAUCAACAACACAGAGGGCGACUGGUGGGAAGCUCGCUCUUUGCACACUGACAAGACAGGUUACAUCCCCUCCAACUACGUAGCCCCUGUUGACUCCAUACAAGCCGAGGAGUGGUAUUUUGGGAAGAUGGGGAGGAAGGAUGCGGAGAGACAGCUGCUGGGUCAUGGCAACCAGAGGGGAACUUUCCUCAUACGAGAGAGCGAGACCACCAAGGGCGCUUACUCUCUGUCCAUCCGCGACUGGGACGACAACAAGGGAGACCACGUCAAACAUUAUAAGAUUCGCAAACUAGACAACGGUGGCUACUACAUCACCACCAGGUCACAGUUUGAAACUGUGCAGCAGCUUGUACAGCACUACACAGAGAGAGCGGCAGGACUGUGCUGCCGUUUGAUUGGCAGCUGUAAGCGGGGCAUGCCUAAGCUGGCCGACUUAUCAGUGAAGACCAAGGAUAUGUGGGAGAUUCCCCGUGAAUCUCUCCAGCUGAUUAAGAAACUGGGAAACGGCCAGUUCGGAGAAGUCUGGAUGGGCAUGUGGAACGGCACCACCAAGGUAGCGGUGAAGACUCUGAAGCCAGGAACCAUGUCCCCCGAGGCCUUCCUGGAGGAGGCUCAGAUCAUGAAGAGACUCCGUCAUGACAAGUUGGUGCAGCUCUACGCCGUUGUGUCUGAGGAGCCCAUUUACAUUAUUACUGAGUUCAUGAGCCAAGGAAGUUUGCUGGACUUCUUAAAAGAUGGAGAGGGGCAGAGCCUGAAGCUGCCUCAGCUGGUGGACAUGGCUGCACAGAUUGCGGCUGGAAUGGCGUACAUCGAGCGCAUGAACUAUAUCCAUCGUGACCUGCGAGCAGCCAACAUCCUUGUUGGAGACAAUCUGGUGUGCAAGAUCGCUGACUUCGGCCUGGCUCGGCUCAUUGAGGACAACGAGUACACAGCCAGACAAGGGGCAAAGUUUCCCAUUAAGUGGACGGCUCCAGAAGCCGCACUGUAUGGACGCUUCACCAUCAAGUCCGACGUCUGGAGCUUUGGCAUCCUACUAACUGAACUCAUCACUAAGGGACGUGUGCCGUAUCCAGGCAUGAACAACCGUGAGGUGCUGGAGCAGGUGGAGAGGGGCUAUCGGAUGCCCUGCGCCCCGGGCUGCCCCGCCUCGCUCCAUGAACUGAUGGUGCAGUGCUGGAGGCGGGAGGCCGACGAGAGGCACACCUUUGAGUACCUCCAGUCCUUCCUGGAGGAUUACUUCACCGCCACGGAGCCGCAGUAUCAGCCUGGAGAAAACCUGUGACCACACAGGCGUAGAACAGACAUGGAGCAAUAAAUGGACAGAGACAGACGUAGGCGCAUGCAUACAAAUACACCAACAGGCAUGUCAUAGUACAUAUACAUGCGUUCGGUGUAUUUGAUGCGCAAAUAUAAAGAUACAUAUCAUUUCCUUGUUUAACUGUUUAAAGACACUUUGAUCCCCGAUCGCCAUAGCCCGUUCAGGACAGACCCGUUCACCGCGUUGAAGAGCAGAUUCGGAGCUCUUCUGGUCAGGCCUUGCAGUAAUGUUGCUUUACUCUGUAACCAUGACAACAAGGAACUGAAAGAAGAUGUAGAUGGUUGUGUUGGGGUGGGGGGAAGUCGAGUGGGUACAUGAUCUGUUCAGCUGCCAUAUAUGUUCAGGUCCUUUGAUUUCUCUUUUUCAGAAGAGCAUUUUAGUGGAUCAACUGUUUGCCGGAGAUAAAUGUGACGAUACAGAGAGGCUCGCAGGUGCGACAGGUUAUCAGACGACAUUUUAAAUACAGUCUUUAAAAACUGUCAAUGAACCCCGUGAACCUGUGUGGUAACUGACUAGAUUAUGUACAGACACAGGCACUUCUUUUUCAGGUUUGAGAAGAUUCACACUUCUGCAAUAGCCGAACAGAGGUCUGUUUUCUUCUUCUUCAUAGUAGUUAGGGGAAAAAAAAAAAAUGCUGUUGAACCGAUACCACAUCCAUGUCUGUCUCCUUCAAUGUUUCCACCAACAUGUGCCUUAAUGUGGUCAAAUUGAAGACUGUUUUAGAUGAAGUAACUUUAAUACUGUGUUAGGAAAAUCUAAGAGAUAAUAAGGAAUUUGUUUUAUUUGUGUGAUAUUUUCUAUGACAAUUUUGUAUGAAUUGUCUCUUUUGUUGUUUUAAUUUAACUCAGAUAUAUCUGUGCAUCACAAAGCAUUCCAUAUCUAGUUAGCAUGUAUGCAGUUUUCAUCCAUUGGGAGGGCAAGCCGAAAUGUCACACAUAAAGGGGGAAAGAUAAAUGUGGCCUGUGGAAGGAUAGUGUUUUAAAUGAAGUUUUGUGACAAGAAUGUAACCUUCGUGUUGAGAUUCUCCUGUCAUGUCAUUGUAAUAAAGAUCAGAUAUCUUUUCCAGGGUA